CACUCGGCAGAGCGCGAGCUAGGAGUUGCGGUGGGGAAACAAACUUUGCCCCGGAGAUGUCUCCAGCUCGUCCUUCCCCGGAGCCUGUCAGAAACAGUCUGAUAGAUGAUGCGAAGGCCCGCUUAAAAGAGCAUGAUGCCGGGACCAGAUAUUCUCAUUUGUCGUAUGACAAAUACUCCGUCCUUUUACCGUUGCUGGUGAAAGAAGGAAAACUCCAUUUGUUGUUCACCCUCCGGUCAGAGAAGCUACGCAGGUCUCCUGGAGAAGUUUGCUUUCCUGGAGGCAAGUGUGAACCCACAGAUGUGGAUGAUGUGGCCACGGCUGUCCGGGAAGCCCAGGAGGAAGUGGGGCUGUGCCCCCGUCAGGUGGAGGUCGUCUGCCGCCUGGUGCCGUAUCUGCUUGAGAGAGAUACGCUGAUAACCCCCGUCGUAGGAUUUAUAGACCACAAGUUCCAGGCCCAGCCCAAUCCCGAUGAGGUGAAGAAGGUGUUCCUGGUGCCUCUGGAAUAUUUCCUGCAUCCGCGGGUCUACCACCAGAGUCACAUGACACUUUCUGGCCACGAUGUUGUUGUUCACUGCUUUGAGUACAGACAUCCGGAAGAUGGUGUCACCUACCAGAUCAAGGGAAUAACGGCGAAACUCGCCCUGUUCGUUGCCUUAAUUAUUUUGGGGAAAAAACCCACCUUUGACGUUGAAUUUAAUCUCAGCGAUCUAAUGUCAUCCUCUGAAGAGAUCUUCCUGAAGCGGCAUAAACGUGCUACAAGCAAGUUAUGAUUUGUGAGACGAACAUCCAAAUAACUAAAAGGAUUUGGUGUGUGCUUAUCCAUAAGGACAGCAAUAACGCCAGCUGUCAGAAAUGGACGGGCACGAGUAUCGUUCCCACGGUAUGAAGGUAAAAGAUACCUUGCCUUUUUCCCACUUGCCCUGUAUUACCCAAAAGAGCAAAACAUCCUUCAAAAGUGGAAAAAUGUGAGGGGCGCCUGGGGGCUCAGUCGGUGAAGCAUCCAACUUCAGCUCAGGUCAUGAUCUCAUGGUCUAUGAGUUCGAGCCCCACGUCAGGCUCUGUGCUGAUGGCUCAGAGCCUAGAGCCUGCUUUGGAUUCUGUCUCCCUCUCUCUGCUCCUCCCCAGCUUGUGCUCACACACACUGUCUCUCUCUCAAAAAUAAAUACACAUUAAAAAAAAUUUUAAAGUGGAAAAAUGUGUUUAUAGUGUUGCGUAAUUUCACCCACAGUUUGUUAAUAAUACAUUUUUUAAUACUUAUAAGAAAAAGUAUCUGGCAUAUAGUAGGUAUUUAAUAAAUAUUUGUUGACUAUAUGACCAUGUGGUAUUGAUCUUAUUCUUAGGAGGUAAUAUAUCCCUUUCUGUGUUGUUACAUGUGACUAGAAACUUCAAACCACCUGUCAGAACCUAGUCGCCUUCUCCUCACUGGCAGCAGAGUUGAAGCUGAGCUCCGAGCUUCCCAGGAAGAAACAGCAUUACCCAGGACCCCUCGUAGUUAAAUGUGGCUCCGGAACUUAACCUGGGCCAACGGGAUGUGAGUGAAAGUUGACCUUGCAGGCCAUCUCCAAUUAAAAAAAAUUUUUUUAAUGUUUAUUUACUUUUGAGAGAUAAGGAGAUAUAGAGUGUGAGCAGGGAAGGAGCAGAGAGAGAGGGAGACACAGAAUCCGAAGCAGGCUCCAGGCUCUGAGCUGUCAGCACAGAGGCCGACGCAGGGCUCGAACUCACGAACCUUGAGAUCAUCACCUGAGCCGAAGACGGACGCUUAACUCGACUGAGCCACUCAGGUGCCCCUAAGGUCAUCCCUGAUUUAAAAGAUAAGCCAGCUUCCUCGGACUCUAGUUCCCCUUUCCGAGGGCCACAACACGGAUUUAUCUGCAACCCAGCCUUGACCAUACAAAUGAGGACAAUUCUGGAGGGGGGGGCGGCAGCCCCAGAGGUGGUAGGAGUUUGGAUCUCUAAAUGACUCUCUGUGGCAAAGCAACCUGUCACCCUGCACUGUGACAUGAGGGGAGAAUUAAAAUUCUGUCAUUUUUCUGCCACUGUUAUCUGGGGUCAUUUUGUUAAAGCAGAGCUGUUCCCCUAAGUAAUCUACUGUAAUACUUGGAAAUAGCCGGCUGGAUAGUCACCCAAACUGGAAGGACUGCCAGCAGUUAGAAGUUGCAACGAUCUGGUGUUGAACGUAUGGGUUCUGUGACAUGCACAAGAUGCCCGGGGGUAUUGCCUGGUUUGGCACUCAUUAUCCAGAGCAACUGAAAAGAAGGAAUCUGAGGCCCCUAUGUCCACCAAUCGAGAGAGAGGAUGUUCUCUUGUCUUAAGAUGAUGAAAGCACAAAAACACUGGUCUUGAGCACCAGCCCCAAAUCCAAAGUCAAAAAGACAAACGUCCUGAAUUGCAUGCCUUGAGAUCUACCACUUCUUACAUGGGAAUCUCCAGACCUCAUGCUUCGGAGGCAGCAGGAAAUCUCUUUAAUCAUGGUAGCUGUCUUGCACGAGGCCAAGGACACCAGUGUGCAAAGCAAAAUGACCUCAAGUCCGUGAUGGCAAUUUCCCGUCUUACUGGCAGUCGCCGGAGGUAUAGGAAACCACACCAGUUGUAGGAAGACUCUGGGAUAGCUGAAAACAGAAUGCCCACGCCAAAGCCACCAAUCAGCCACACAACUGCCCAUCGCCUCGGAGUUCUUCUUGUCUGCGAGCUGGCAGGGGAAAGAUACCCGAUCUGGUGCCUCAUCCCCAGAAACAUUGAAAUGGCAUAGAUCUGGCUCCAACCUUGAAAGCACAUGCUGGGUAAGCCUCCCCAUUAACAUGCAGUAGCUGGCCCCGCGUGAACAGGCCCACACUGUUGCCGAACAAUUACAGAGGCAUUUGCGAACGUGUAUUUACAAUCUGACAGCAGUGUAAUCGCCUGGUAGAUUCUUGAGCCCUCUGACCAUGCAGAAAGCCGCCUCUCUGAACUGUUUGUUUUCGUGAACCCUGCAGGCCUGCCUGGUUUCUAAGAGGACGUGGCCCGGCCAAAGUCUACAGUCUGAAGCACGCUCGUGGCCACCCAAUUUAAGGGGCCAAAUAUUUAGCACUGGAGGUAUUACCCAACCCUGAACAUACACCUUUUUUUAACGGUGUAUUUUAUGACAUCUAUAUUCGGGAUUCCAGGGAAACGUCCUUUGGUUAAAAGGAACAGAAGUCUAGCAAAUCUGGCUCAAAGGAAAGAAGGUAUUGGGAGGGUACAGAUCUCAGGGAGUCUGCAAAACCACUGAACCAGUCAACCUCAGGAAGCUUCGCAGUGGGGAGGGAGCAAGCCCAGCUAGCCACCUCUAAAGCAAGAAGUUGUAAACCUUCCUUUUUGCAUCCUGUUAUUUACUUUAGAAAAUUUUUUUUAAUGUGUGUUUAUUUUUGAGAGCAAGAGAGAGCACGAGCAGGGGAGGGGCAGAGAGAGAGGGAGACAGAAUCCGAAGCAGGCUCCAGGCUUGGAGCUGUCAGCACGGAGCCUGACGCGGGGCUCGAACCCACAAACCACCAGGUCACGACCUGAGCCGAAGUCAGACGCCCAACUGACUGAGCCACCGAGGUGCCCCGCAUCCUGUCAUUAUUGUGACAAUAACUGCCUGUUUGAGUUGACUGAUACAGACAUAGAAAAGCGAGAGGCCCUCACUGCAUCCACCUCUGGUUUCUUGGAGGAAGCUUUGUUUAAUGGAGCUUGGGACACCUGGCACGUUUCCAGUAACCUGUGGAUACGUUCAAGGGCAGGGGUCAGGGUUGGGACCACAAAUGUACACAUCUCCCUAAGUCCCCUGAGUCAGCAGGCAGUGGGUGGGAGCACUUCAGAAGAAAGUGGGCUAGGUGGCCAUCCCCAAACAUCUAGUGUCUCUGGUCCCUGAAUUCUGUGGAUUGUGCCAUCCAGACAGUCAGCUGUCUCCUUCUUUGCAUCCCUGCAUCCUUGGUAAGCAAGUGGCUAAGAGCCUUGAGUCUGAGAGUCAGGAUGCCUACAUUUGAAUCCCAGCUCCAGCAUCAGCCUAUUUGGUGACCUUUAGCAAUUACUCGUACACUCUAUAGGCCUCAGUUUCCUCUUCGGUAAAUGGGAGAAGUCAACCUUUUGUUUUAGGUCUUUUGGAGGGUUUAAAGGAGUGAAUACAUGUGACCCCUUUACUCACAGCACAACCAGAUGCUCGGAACAAGCAUCUGGCUAGUAAUUAUGGCGUUCUAACUGCAAGGUUAUAUUGUAACAAUAAUGUCAAGUAUUGUCCUUUCUCUGGUUCAGAACAUCAUCAUUUUCCUGUACAGCGGUGCCUGCACUUUCUUGGUUCAUCGUGAGCACCCGUGGCCUCUCAGUAAUUUUUUCACAACACAAUAUAGGCCAAAAGAAACCCCUAAGACUUGAAUUUGUUAUGUCGUUCUAGCCAAACAAUCUAGUAAGUGUUUAUGUCCUACUAACUUGGUAGCUAUUUGAACAUAAACUAUAUACUAGAAAAAUACUGUUUUUUUAUUUUUGUUUUUUAUUUAUUUUUGAGAGAGAGAGGGAGAGAGAGACAGAGCAUGAGCAUGGGAGGGGCAGAGAGAGGGAGACACAGAAUCCGAAGCAGGCUCCAGGCUCCAAGCUGUCAGCACAGAGCCCAACGCUGGGCUUGAACUUACGCACUGUGAGAUCAUGACCUGAGCCGAUGUCACUGAGCAAAGAUGCUUAACCGACUGAGCCACCCAGGCACCUCUAGAAAAUACUGUUGUUUUUUAAGUUUAUUUGGGGGGGGGGGUGAGGGGCAGAGAGAGAGGGAAAGAGAGACUGAGAAACCCAAGCAGGCUCUGUGCUGUCAGUGCGGAGCUCGAUGUGGGGUUCGAUCUCCCAGACCAUGAGAUCAUGACCUCAGCUGAAAUCAAGAGUCAGACGCUUGACCGACUGAGCCACCCAGAUGCCCUUUAAAAUACAAUUUUUAUUUGAAUCUUAUAACCACAUUUGCUUACUAAUGGGAUAUGUGCAUACUAGUUGGGCAUAGAAAUAGAUGAAAGAUUCAAAUACCGCCAUGUGGUAGGAAUAAACACACAGACACAGAGAAGAGGGAUGGAUGCCUGACUCAGAUUUAGGACCCAGGGAAGCCAUCUCAGAAGAGGUGGUGGCUGAGCUGAGCCUUGAUGGCUGAGUGAAUGGGGUGGUGGUGUUGUUGAGGGGAACUAACAUUAAGUGCCUGUUACAUAUUUGGUCCUUUACUUUGAUUACUCAUUUAACCCUCACACCAAAUCUCUGCACUGAGGAUUACUCCUAACUCCCAGUUUAUUUUAUUUUAAAUUUUUUUAAUGUUUAUUUAUUUUAGAGAGAGAGAGAGACAGAGUGUGAGCAGGCGAGAGGCAGAGAGAGAGGGAGAGACAGAGAAUCUGAAGCGGGCUCCAGGCUCUGAGCUGUGAGCACAGAGCCCAAUGCGGGGCUCGAACCCACGAACUGUGAGAUCAUGACCUGAGCCGAAGGCAGAUGCUUAACCGACUGAGCCCCCCCAGGCGCCCAUACCUCCCAUGUUAGAUGAGGACCACAGAAGUUAAAUAUUUGCCCAUGAUCGCACGAUUCAUAAAUGGAAGAGGCAACAUCCAAACCCACACGUAUGAAUUUCGGACCCUGUGCUUUUUCUACUGUUACCCACUUACUCCAAGACAAGGCUCGUUUCAGAAGGACACGGGCAAGAAUAGAAGGUUAAAUUUACGUUUCCCUUGAUUCGCUCUGUCUGAAAGGGAAGACAACACAAACAAUAAAUUGGAGGGGGAGCAGUGUUUAUUUUUGCCAUCAUCGUGUCCUCCCGCUUACUCAGCUGGCGGUGCACACAGUGAAAUGACUAAUUAGCUAGGAUGAUUUUAAUUAAAAUGGAACCUACCAAUUAAUAAAUGAAAGUGCUGGCAUACUUGCUAAUUUAACAACUCUGUCCGUGGUGCCAGCUUUUCAGUUGAAGAACCGAGACGGGGAAACAUUGCCUUCACCCCUGAGACAAGACGAUUAAAUAGAACUCAAGUCGUGUUCUUGUUUCCAGUUGGUUUCUUAUCUGAGAAUAGCACAGCUUUUGAUAAGAUCAUCGGAGUGAUCCUCACUCAGUCCAGUUGUCUUAGAUGUGGUGUGCGGGGUCGCCGAUGGGGUCUGUGUGUACACGGCAUUCGGGAUUCUUGACUGCCUUGCCAUCACCCCUCAGUGCCUUCCCGUUGUUGAACAGGACUCAGACUUUGAGUUCAUUCCCGGGUGCCCACUGCCUCGACCACCCACGCUACGUCGUGGCACGGACACAUGGAUAUUGCCCUGCGUUGGUUAUCUGUUGAAUAUGUGUGUAUCUGUGUGCUUAUUCCAGCCAUGACCCUGAAAGGGACAGAUCAGCAUUCCAUGAGACCUCUCAGUCUGACUUCCCCUGGCCCUAAAGGAAGCAGGGAUGGGGGCAGCUGGGUGGCUCAGUCGGUUGAGCGUCCAACUCUGGCUCAGGUCGUGAUCUCACAGUUUGUGAGUUUAAGCCCCACGUCGGGCUCUGUGCUGCCAGCUCAGAGCCUGCUUUGGAUUCUGUGUCUCCGUCUGUCUCUCUACCCCUCUCCUGCU